AUGCCUUCUGACAUUCGCUCAUUCUUUGGUGGCAAGCCCGCAGGCACGCCUGCAGAGAAGAAGAUCAAGGAGCAGCCCAGCAAGAAGCGAGGCAGAGCGAAGAAGAUUGUUAGCGACGAUGAAGAUGACGAGCCUGUGCCCAAGAAGGCUGCUCCAAAGAAGUCUGCUGCGAAGAAGCAGGACGAACCUGAGGCAGCACUCGAGGAAACAACAGCAGGUGACUACUUUGGCAAAGGCAAGCCUAAGCGGACUGAAGCAGUGAGACCGGCUCGUGCUAAAGAGGCAACCACCGAUGCCACGCCGAAGAAGUCUACCAAGUCGGCCAAGACCAAUGGCUCAAAGGCCACACCAAAUGGACGAGGUUCAGCACGAUCAGCGAAGACGAAGAAGAGCUAUGCCGAUCUGGACGCGGACGACUUCCCCGACGACGAUCUCGAGGACAACGCCGACGAUGUGUUCAAGAGUAACGCCGCUACUGGACAACGAUUGGGUGACGAUUACGAGGAAGGAACGGACGACGAGGAUGACAAGCCCAUCGUGCCCAAGAAGAGGGAGGUGGGCAAGCAAAAGAAGCUCAAGGAUCACGAACAAGACGACUAUGAUCCUGAUGAGGACGUGGACAUGAAGGACACAAAUCCGGACGAUGACUUUGUGGUGCCAGAUGACGAUGAGGAGAUCGUGGAGGACAAGCCGGCAAAGAAGACUCCUGCGAAAGCCAGCAACAAGCGAAAGUCAACGGCCCUAGACGAAGAUGACGAGGAUGACCUCGAGGUGGAACAGGCAAAGCCAGCCAAGAAGCGAGCAACACCGAAGAAGGCACCAGCUGCAAAGAAAGUAAAGAAGGAGACACCCCAAGACAGUGCGGAACUGACCGCCAUCUUUGACAAUAUUCCUACGAUAGAGCCGCCACCUCCACCACCAAAGGCAGGCGAUGAGGAAGGAGAUGGUGCCAAGAAGAAGUUCCAGUACGGCAAUCACGCCAACUCUGCUGUGCCAGCUGGAGCCAUAUCAGAUUCUGACCUGCCUCAGGGCAAUCCCAACUGUCUUGCCGGACUCACUUUCGUCUUCACCGGCCAGCUUCAACGACUUGGUAGGGAACAGGGUCAAACACUUGUCAAGGAGUACGGCGGUAAGAUCACAACUGCACCAUCGUCGAAGACUAGUUAUGUUGUUCUGGGCGAGGACGCUGGACCAAAGAAGUUGGAAACGAUCAAGAAGAACAACCUCAAGGUCAUCAACGAAGACGGCCUCUUCGCUCUCAUUCAGCAACUGCCAGCAAACGGUGGCAGUGGUGCUGCCGCCCAGAAGUACGCCGAAAAGCAGGCCAAAGAAGAAGAGAACAUCCGAAAAGCGGCGGAAGAGAUUGAGAAGCAAGAGCGAGCACGCAUGGCUGCAGCGAAAUCCAAGCCUCAGCAAGCUGGAUCCUCUCAUGCCAAGACCCAGCCCAAGGCAGAGUCCCAGAAGGACAAAGGCAAGGAAUUAGCCUCCAGUGUCGACUCGCGCCUGUGGACGGUGCGUUAUGCUCCGCAGUCGGUCAAUCAAAUCUGCGGCAACAAAACACAGGUAGAAAAGUUGCAGCGCUGGCUGAGAGCGUUUCCCAAGAAUCAAAGCAAAGGCUUCAAAUUGCCUGGCCCAGAUGGCAGUGGUGUGCACCGGGCCGUCAUGAUUCAUGGACCCCCUGGCAUUGGCAAGACCACAGCUGCUCAUCUUGUGGCGAAGAUGGAAGGCUACGAUGUCGUGGAGUCCAACGCUUCAGAUACUCGUUCGAAGAAACUCGUAGAGACUGGUCUCAAGGGUGUCCUCUCGACUACAUCUUUGAUGGGAUACUUCUCGCACGGUGCUGACGACGUGGAAGCAUCCAAGAAGAAGCUGUGCCUGGUUAUGGACGAGGUUGACGGCAUGAGCGCUGGAGAUCGAGGUGGCGUGGGUGCACUCGCAGCCGUGUGCAAGAAGACUCAAAUACCCAUGAUCCUCAUUUGCAACGACCGAAAACUCCCAAAGAUGAAGCCAUUCGACUUUGUGACCUAUGAUCUGCCCUUCCGGCGGCCCACGACCGAGCAGAUUCGUGCCCGGAUCAUGACUAUCAACUAUCGGGAAGGACUCAAAAUGCCAGUGAAUGUUAUCAACGCGCUGAUUGAGGGUUCUGGUGCCGACAUUCGGCAGGUCGUGAACAUGGUCAGUACUGCCAAGCUGGACAGCGAGAAUAUGACUUUCGAGGAGAGCAAGGACAUGAGCAAAGCCUGGGAGAAGCAUAUCGUUCUCAAGCCAUGGGAUAUGGUUGGCAAGAUCCUCGGCGGCGGACUAUUCAAUCCUUCAGCGAACUCCACACUCAACCAGAAGAGUGAAUUGUACUUCAACGACCACGACUUCGCACCUCUGAUGUUGCAACAGAAUUACCUUGGCACCAAUCCGCAACGGUCAAACAAGUACAACAGCGAACCGAAGAAGAAGAACCUAGCUGCACUGGACCUUGUCAGCAAGGCCGCCGACUCCAUUAGUGAUGGAGACCUUGUGGAUCGAAUGAUUCACGGCAGUCAGCAGCAAUGGUCACUCAUGCCAGCCCAUGCGAUCUUCAGCUUCGUUCGACCUGCUAGUUUCGUGUACGGCUCUAUGGCUGGUCAUCGGACCGAGUUUACUGCUUGGAUGGGCAACAAUUCGAAGCAAGGCAAGCUCAUGCGCUUCGUCAAGGAAAUACAGGGUCACAUGCGCUUGAGGACAAGCGCUGAUCGACAUGAGAUCAGACAGACGUACAUGCCUUUGCUGUUCGACAAGCUCAUCAAGAAGUUGCAAGAGGAAGGAAAGGAGUCAGUCCCUGAAAUCAUCGAGCUUAUGGACUCCUACUUCUUGACCAAGGAUGAUUGGGACGCCAUCCUCGAGCUCGGGGUUGGCAAGUCUGACAUGGAGAACAUCAAGAUCGAGACACAAGCGAAGGCCACCUUCACUCGAUUGUACAAUCAGCAGUCUCACCCUCUGCCGUUCAUGAAGGCCUCACAGGUGAUUGCACCCAAGAAGGCGCCCGCCAAGGAGAAGCCCGAUCUGGAAGAGGCUUUCGACGAGUCGGAAGACGAAGCAGUCGACGAUGCAGACGUCAAAGACGAGGAGGAAGAUGUCGACCUGAGCAAGGAUAGAUACGUCAAGCAACCCAAGAAGAAGAGAGCUACGGCGGCCAAAGCAGGUGGCAGCAAGAAGAAGAAAGCAAAAGAUGAUGACGACGACGAGGAAGAAGAGGAGAAGCCUAAGAAGGGCAAAGGCAAGGGCCGGGCGAAGAAGUAA